CUACAGACACAUGCGCUUAGAGCUGCGUGUCGAGCCGCCGCAACUUGCCCUCUCUACAUACGGCGCUCUGCGUGUGUUGCCGGCGCUGGCGUGGCCGAGUCUCUGGUUCAGCGAUUGUCUGGGUGUCCGGUCGCAACAUUCCCAAUACAAUCCCCGCCGACUUCUCCACCACCAUCGUUCUCCUACCAAACCACCCCCUACACUCGUUCACCCUCGACCGCGCCAACCGUCGCCUCGAAGCAGGACAUGCCCAUGCCCGACUGCUCCUUCGCCCGUCUCUCAGCUUUUAGUGCCGCUGCUCCAUAGCCGCGCAUCUGUCUGAGACGCCAAACCGACGAGUACCUCGCACCUCCGAGGCCCUAGCCCACCCACCUCCGCACACACAACCACCAUGAGACGAAUCUCAUCCUUCAAGGAGCAGUACAGGCGAGCUUCGGCGCGCGCCCCUACCCCUCCGCCGCCCGUCUACGAGCCGCUGUCGCCCAUCCUGCCGCCGACAGAGCCCUCGACAGCGCACCCCGCCGGCAAUGCGAAUAUCCCAACCGCGUCGCUAUCAAGCACAAGGCAUAUCAAUGACGCUCUGAAAAAUGCAUCUGCUCUCGGAGAAGGCGCGCGCGCGUCUGCGGAGCACCCAUCGCCGGUGGUGACGUGUGGGCACUCGGCGCGCUCCGCACCUCCUCCGCCGCAGUAUUCUCUGGCGCAGGCAUCGCCCAUUGAGGCCCUCGCGGAUGUCGCUGUGACACGCCAGCAUGCCAUUCCGCAAUAUGUUGGGUAUUCGCGCCAUGCUUCAUUCUCGGCCGCCUCGCCCACGACCGUCCCUUACCUGACCGGCGAACGCGCCCCAGCACACGCUCUGUCCAGAGACGCUUCAUAUCCUUUCGACGAGCGGCCUGCGAAGAGAGCGCGCUCCGAAGUCUAUGGGUCUCCCCAGUAUGGACAGUCUCAGUCGAGACCCGCUACGAGUCAUAACCCGGGCUGGUCCUACAACGUCGAGCAGAUGGCAGAUGGCGGCAGUCGCAUGCACCAAAACAGUAGCGUACCAGACGACCGCCUUGUUGAAGCUCAGCUGUUGCUGGACUUCUUCAAAGUUUCCACACAAACUGCGCAUUCCCCGCCCUCGACAGCAAAGCGGUUGACCAUUCCACAAACAGCGCCGGCUGAACAACCUCCACACCAGAUAAAUCACAAGCAAGAGCCUGCAAAUCCUUACGUCGCGCCACCACCGCCGCCGCCGCCGAACCACUACAGCCAGCCUACGCAGGCACCCGUUGACAUGAAACACCCUUUAGAGGCACCCUCCGAUGUGGCCCAGACCACCUCGGCUGCGCAAACACAUACACCGCCUGACGAAGCUCUCAUCGUGGUUACACAGCCUGAGGUCGAGAUGCAAGAUGUCGUUCCCGCAGAAGAGCCAAAGGCAAAAAAGGCCCAGAGCUUGCCCAAAGGGAAAGGGCGCGCAUCUCGUAGCACACCCUCAGCAAGUAGCAAACGGAAGAAGUCGACGCCCAAACCGAAGAACGCGACGUCUACAAGUACUUCUGGAGCCCCAGACCAACUCCAGUCGCCACUGAGUCUGCCUGCCGAUCAGUCUGCUACCGUCGCAGCGGACGGCUCUGUGCCUACCGUAUCUCAGGCUGAACCAGCACAAACCUCGCCCUCACAAGCCCGUCGCCAUUCCUUCUCGACGUCGGCGCCAGCACUGCCAGACGGCCCGCCUCUAUCGAACUACUCGCGUGCGAAAUCGCUACCUCUCGGUACGCAGACAGCCGUCCCAACUCCUGUUGAUGCAGUCGCUCAGCUCGCACCCGCUCCGGUCGAACCAGAACUCAUAUGCGCCCACUGCAAAUCGUCCGAAUCACCCAUCAAAAUCGGCGACGGCGAGCAAUGGAUCGGCUGCGAUGGCUGCAAAGAAUGGUAUCACUACCCUUGCGCUGGUUUCAACAGCGAACGGGAGGUACGGGAGGUAAACAAAUUCUACUGCGAACCGUGUAGACCCAAGUUUGGUGAAACAACGAAGGUUCGUAAAUCCGUCAGAGCCCACACAACUGUUGACUACGCCGGUCUAAACGAGGGUGUUCUCAAAACAUCUGACGACAAUCCGGAACAUCACUACAUCGCAGCUUUCAAGAAUGGCGACAUCGAGUUCACGCCGGAGACGUUUGCGCGCAUGCCGGCGCAACUCAUCACUGGUGACUUUCUCGAGAAGAUGAAUGGAUUCAAGGAGCCCAUUGUUAUCCCUGGCGACAUGAACACUUCGCCGGCGACAACAGAGGAGGAUGUUGCUAUGGAAGACAUCGAUGGGCAGGCAGAUGGGCCAAAACUGCAAUACGAGUACGAGACAGUCGCCGAUGACGGUCAGGACAGCCUUGACAUGGUCAUACCUAAGGGUUUGACCGUUCGCCGUGUAGCGGAACUGUACGGUCCAAAUGAACCUGUCCCUGUAAUUGAUGUCAAAGCACAAGAAGGCGAAGGCAAGAAGUGGACUAUGGGAAAGUGGGCAGACUACUACGAGCAACAAGGAGAAAAGCCCGUGCGGAACGUCAUCAGUCUGGAGGUAUCUCGAAGUAAGCUGGGAAAGCUGAUCAGACGACCCAAGGCUGUUCGAGACAUGGAUCUACAGGACGCCGUGUGGCGAGAAGAUGACAAGUCUGCGCCGCCACCAGUGCAGUUUUACUGUCUGAUGUCUGUCGCGGACUGCUUCACCGAUUUCCACAUCGACUUUGGUGGUUCAUCCGUGUACUACCACAUCGUGAAAGGAAAGAAGGUCUUCUUCUUUAUCCCACCAACAAAGCAAAACCUCAAAAAGUACGAAGAAUGGUGUCUCUCACCGAAUCAAGGGCACGACUGGCUUGGCAAACAAGUCAAAGAAUGUUACCGAGUGGAUCUGUAUCCUGGAGAUACCAUGUUGAUUCCUUCCGGUUGGAUCCACGCGGUCUGGACUCCCGAGGACAGCCUCGUCAUUGGAGGCAACUUCCUUACACGCAUACAUUACGGUAUGCAGAUAAAGAUCUUGGAGAUCGAGAAGAACACCAAGGUGGCUACUCAGUUCCGAUAUCCCUUUUUCCAGAAGAUAAUGUGGUUGACCGCCAUCAAAUAUCUGGAAGAGGACCCUAUUCCCGGUCCAGUCCAAGAGCUCCUACAAAGCGGCGAGCAGUUUAAGCGGUCGACACCUAUCUACUGCGAGCCGGAAAAGUUUGGUCACAACUCACACCUUGGCGCACAAAACUACAACAAACGAUACUACUCCAAGCACGAACUGGAAGGGCUGAGCGAUCUGUUGAACUACAUUUGGAGAACAGUCCUAAUCACCGAGGGAAAGAUUGAUGUGCCACAAAAAACCCGAAGUGCUGUCAAUAAAUCGAUCCCUAAGGGCCAUGGCGAGCCGCUCGUGCUAGCGCGACGCUUUGCGAUGUGGAUUGCAUGGAAGCGUGGGAACGAGACUAUACCAUCUUGGGCUUUCUCCGAUGCUGUCCUGCCCGAAGUAAUGGAGACCACUGAAAAGAAGCUGAGUGCUGCUCAAGUGAAAAGGCUGGAGCGCGAGACGCUCCAUGAAGCCUUACGAGCAACGGCAGAGAGGUCUUCGGCCCGUAUAAAGGCCUCUGACGUCAUCCCCGAGCCUUCACCCCCAGUAGAGGUGGAGAAUUACAACCACUUCGAUAUGGUCUCUGUCACUUCCGGUCCACUGACUGGUUUUCUGCGACCAUCGGCAAGCAACCCGCACAUUACGACACCGAAAACAUCUCAGCUUGGCCCGAAACGUGUUGCAUGCGAUGCGUGUAGGAAACGCCGAAUCAGAUGCAAACAUAAAGAUGAGCUGAUCGACACAUCGAAGCCGGGCAUGCACACCAUCGACCUUUCUGGGUCAUAUGGCAUAUCUGUCAAACGUAGGCUUAGUGAUCACUCCGUGGCAGAUAGUUUAUCGAAUGCCGCCAAUGGGCCAGUGAACGGCGGCCCAAUCAUGGCUGACGUGAACGGCGACCCUUAUGCCCUCAAAUCUGGCAGAGUCAAGGCGUGUGCUGAUUGUAGGAAGAGCAAGCGUCGCUGCAUACAUGACGAAUACGGCAACGUUGAUCCUGUCAAGGCCAACGAGAUUCCCAUUCCACGUGGUUCUGCGUCAAAGAAACGAAGGGUCAGCGACGAAGACACAGAAUCAAGAGCGAAACGGAUGAGACACGAGUCUUCAUACGAUGACGAAUAUCUGCAUGGAGACAUACACACACGACAUUCACUGCCAAAUCAAUUUAGCAGUGGUUCGUCGUUUCUCCAGGAGAUGGCCUACUCCGCCCAGCAAGCGUUGGACCAAAGCCCCGAAAAUGAUGAUCUCGCGCCUGUUGACCCUGCCCUCCAAGCGUAUACCAAUGGCGACUACAAUCAUGUGGAUAUGACCAACUCGUAUCACACGAAUGGCGAUACCGUCAUGUCAUCAGUCGAGUAUCAACCGAUCGACCCGAUGCUUAUGGACGGAAUGGAGCUCACAGGACAUAACGGAGAAGUACACGGUCCCAGCGUAGAGCCGCUCACACCGGGUCCGCCGCCUCACAACGACACCUCACAGACGCAUACAAACGGUUACGUCUCGAAGCCUGGACCAGAAAAUCACGCCGUCCGCCACCCAUCAUCACCGGUCUCGCCCAGACACGUCUCCGCAGCAUCUCCUCCAAUAAAUACCAACAACAGCAACCACCAUACCUACAGUCCCUACAUAACCUCCCCCGCUACAAACAACUACAACAACUUUACCACAAACUCUGAUUUCCCUCCCCCACCCAUCACACCCACGCUCAACAGCUCUUACAAAGCUCGUACACAACAGUCGUCAGGCCGCAAACCUAGCCACACGCCCUCGCGCGCUGGUCGCAACAGUAAGACGCCUAAAUCAACGCCUAGCAAGCGGCGAGACAACGGGACUGGCGGGAUCAAGCUCGAACAUGGUAUAAGCAUGGGCACGGGCAUGGGCAUCAGUGUGGGCAUGAAUGGAGGUAUGGACAUGGGCAACAUGCUCAACAUGAUUGACCCAAAUCUUGAUCAAGCGAGCUUCGAUCUCAUCAAGCAACUGCAGCAAGAGGAUUUGGGGUUGAGAAGACGAAGUCGUUGACCCUUCCGUCUCUUUGUCUUGCACGCCACUAUCACCAAAGGUCUUUCUCUCCUUUCGUUUUUCCUUUCCUCUCGUUCUUUGAGUUUUCACAAUUUCGACUUUCCUUGUUCUGCAUUGAUUUGGGACACCGGCGUUUACAACAUAUCUCUGUAACGGGAUGAAUGGAUUUGCGCGGCGUCUUUGCUUAUACCCCAACUACUUGACACUGGGAUAGUGUAUAUUGCAACCUUUCUUUUCUUUUUCUUUUCCAGUCACAAGGAGGGGAAGGAGGCGUUUGUCAGCCAGCGUGGACUGUGCUUUCUUAUUGUUAGCGGCAGGCGGGAUGCAUGUAUGGUAUCAUAGAUGAUUGGAACUAAUCGACCUAUCAUGGAAAUGGAAACAUGUUCGAAC